UGCUCUGUCUGGGAGCCCCUGAAUCGCGGAGCGCGGGCCUGGGGAGCUCCUCUAGAUUGUUGUUGUUGGAAAACUCUGAGCGACUUUAACAAGACCAGCCAUUCUGGGGACAAUCCCACGGGCUUCUUAAUAGCAUCACCUCCCUCUAUGUGGAGUUUGUCUAGGGGUUAGUAGCACUGAGCGGGAGUCUCGGAGGGUCUUGCUGCCCUUCCUUCUCAUUCUCCACUCCCAUCCCCAUCUUGGAGAAUACUGAGAGCAAACAGCUGGGGAAACUGAGGCGGGAAGGACAUGGGCCAGAAGUGGUGCAUUGAGUCACCUCCAGGCUCAGGCAGAGGAGAAGGAGAAAAGUGUAGCAGAAACGGAAAGACUGUAACCAAGCUUUCCAUCUAGAUCAUGUCUCCCAUCCCCUUUUAUAAGCAUCUCUAGUAAUAGACGAAGAACUCUCAGAAUGUUAGCAAGUGGUACUGUAAUUCAUCAAGAGUGUAUGGUGUGCUUCCCGAAGGAUAUUUGCCUGAAAAAAGAAAGAUGCAGUCUGCACAUGAUAAAAAAUUAGAAAAACUGGACCCAUUUUAUAGACGUUCAUUGUCCAAGCAGAAGACCAGUGCAGAAAUCAUCAGUGAAGCACGAAAUGCAUUAAGGACAGUUAGAACUCAAAGACCAUUUACACCACGUGAAGAUCAAAGAAAACUUUUUGGACCUGCAUCUUCAAGGACAGCAGAUAAUAGACCUCCUUCUUCUUUUAGCCUUCAUGCUUCCAGCUUUGAAUCAUCUGAUUCAAGACCAAUUUCUGGUACACGUCUCAGUCCACUAGAGCUUAAACCUAAAGUUCUUGCAUCCCUAUCUAAAGAAGAUGAAGCUUCUAUUUCCUUUCCUAAACCUCCAGUGGACCCCGUGAAGAUUAGAAGAGUAAGCAGUGCUCGUGCACGUUUAUUCAAGGCAUCCUCUCAGGGAAAUCUCCUUCCAGACAAAAUAUUUCAUCUUGAUGAGUCAAAGAAGAGACUGAAAUCUGAGGACAUUAUUAUCACAGGAGAUUCUUCAAUUAAAAUAAAUGGAAUUUGUCUGACAGAAUUAAAUUCCAUUGGUCAUUUUAACAGUCAUAAUCCUCAAUUAACAUAUGAUGGAGAUCUAAAUGUAAACAAUGAACAGGCUAUUUUGAAAGGGAAACUAUCAUUGACAGCAGCCCAUCUCAGAAGUGGAAGUGAUCUGAUGAAAAGACGUGCCAGGGCUUCAUCGUGUCCGGUCAGUACUACCAAGAAUUCAUUGGAAUUAAACAAAGAGGUUCAGAGGAGCUUAGAAGAAAUUGAGACAGAACCAGAAACAGAAGAGGAAGAAGCCUUUUGGAGUGCAAAGAUCUUACCAGUCUUACAUGACUUAGAGAAGGAAGACAAUAUUGAAAAUUUUUGUGCUGCCUGCACCCAGCUUCAUCAAGCUUUAGAGGAAGGAAGCAUGCUUGGAAAGAGAUUUAAGAAAAGGAAUAUACUUCUGAAGACCUUAUAUAAACUAGUUGAUGUUGGUUCAGACUUGCUCAGCCUAAAACUUGCAAAAAUUAUUCUAGCUCUUAAAGUAAGUGGAAAGAAUCUUCUCAAUGUCUGCAAACUCAUAUUUAAAAUUAGCAGAAGUGAGAAGAAUGAUUCUCUCAUCCAGAACGAUAGUAUUCUUGAUUCAUUGUUGGAGGUGCUGCGAGUGGAAGACCUUCAAACUAAUAAUGAGGCUUUUUUGUACUGCAUGGGGGCUAUUAAAUUCAUUUCUGGGAAUCCAAGAUUUCUUAAUGAAAUGAUCAACAAAGGUGCUGUUGAAAUAUUGCUACAUUUGAUGAAGCAGAUAAACGAGAACAUGAGGAUAACUGGGACAUGUUUUUCCAAUUCAGGACACUUGUUAGUCCAGUUGACUGCCACCAUCAGGAAUUUGGUUGAUUUACCAUCAGCAAGGUGUAAGUUGUUGAGCAACAGUGCCCUUCCGGAGCUCUGUGGAGUGAUGGAACAGUAUGCCAAUGAUAAGGAUGUCUGCACCAACGUUGCUAGAAUAUUAAGCAAACUUUCUUCCUAUCACGACUGCUGUGCAGCCUUGGCUGACUAUUCCAGAUGUUAUACCUUAUUUUUGAGCCUGAUAAACCAAUACGAGAAGAAGCAGGAUUUAGUUGUUCGUAUUGUUUUCAUUCUUGGCAAUCUAACUGCAAAAAAUAAUCAAGCCCGGGAACAGUUUGCUAAAGAGAAAGGUUGCAUCAAAACCCUCUUAUCACUAUUCAAUACUUACUAUGAAAUGGAUUUGAAUUCCAUGAAAAGGAUGGUUGAAGAAGAAGAAAAGAACAAGAAACACAAACAGCCUUCUGAGGUGGAAGAUGUCCUUAUAAAGGUGAUCCGAGUGCUGGCCAAUAUAUCCAUUCACCCCACUAUAGGGGCAGCAUUGGCUGCGAACCAGCAAGUAGUGGCAUUACUUGUCACCACACUAGAAUACAAAUCUAUUGAUGAAUGUGAGGAACUGGUAAUUAAUGCUACAGCAACAAUCAACAAUUUGUCUUUCUACCAAGUGAAGAAUUCCAUUAUUCAGGACCGAAAGCUGCGCAUCGCCGAAUUGCUCUUAAAGCUUCUAAUGAGCAGCAACAUGGAUGGAAUCCUGGAGGCUGUGCGAGUCUUUGGCAAUCUUUCCCAAUAUGAUGAGAUUUGUGACUUCAUUGUACAGAAAAAUGUCUACAAAUUCAUGAUUGCAUUGCUGGAUGCUAAGCACCAAGAUGUUUGCUUUUCUGCCUGUGGAGUUCUCUUAAACCUCACUGUUGACAAAGACAAGCGUGUAAUCCUAAAAGAAGGGGGCGGAAUUAAAAAGUUAGUGGAUUGUUUAAGAGAUUUUGGCCCUACAGAUUGGCAACUGGCCUGCUUGGUUUGUAAAACAUUAUGGAAUUAUAGUGAAAAUGUUCCGAAUCCUUCGUCAUGUUUUGGAGAUGAGGACACAAAUGCUCUCUUAGUCUUAUUGUCAUCAUUUUUAGAUGAAGAACUAGCUUUGGAUUAUAGUUUUGACAGAGACUUAAGAGACUAUCACAAACUUUAUUGGGAAACAGAAUUCAAACCUGUGGCACAACAACUUCUUAAACGUAUUCAGAGCCAUCACACCUUCCUUGAACCUCUACCUAUUCCUUCUUUUUAAUAUGGUAAAAGUCUGGUAGGUGAUUAACAAUAUAAAGAUGAAUUCAAGUCGGGUCUUUUCAUAAAAAGUAAUAAAUUCAAACAAUUUUUCAUUCUUAAUAAAUAUUGAACAAUUCUUUGAUCAUAGGGUACUGAUUUUUAGAAAAUAGACUUAAAUACAAUGAACAAUUUCUACUGUGAUAUAUUAUAAAAAAUGAAUGUAAACUGUCAUAAACUUUGUUGAUAAAAUACUUUCAUUAUUUUUCUAAUGAAAUGAUUCCCUCUUCUGUUAUAAGAUUCAAUAGUUAUAGUCUCUCAAAAUUCCACAGCAUACAUUUUGGAAUCUAAAUUCAUGGAUUUUUUUGUUUGUUUGUCCAUCCACUUUUUUUAUUGGAAUCUAAGUUCUUGACAAUUUAAUUUGUUCAUUAUUGAAUGACAUGUGCGUGGUAGUCAAAACCCUUUAAAUCUAAAUGUAGUACUAAGAUGGCAAUACAUUUUAAAAUGAACAAGUUAGUGAAUUCACAUUUGAUCUGCUACGAAUCCAUGUUUUGAGAGUGAUUUUGCAGGGAGUAGAAAAAUGUAAGGGAGGGAAAUCAUGUUAGUGUUAAAACAAAGUCCAUAAUGAAAAGAAGCUUGGUUUUGCUACUUCCCUGUCCAAAUCACUAAAUACUCACAAUGGGGCUGGGUGAACAAAGCCAACUAUCUUUCCUUUUGGUCCUUAUGUUUACUCACUGCUGCUUUAUAUGGAAUAGGUUUGCUCUUCUGUUAAAUGCUAAAAACAGAAGAGCUAAGACUAAGAUUUUCCCUUUCUUUACAAUGCUAGUCAAAAAAAGGUCCAAGAAAGAGGAAAAAUCAUUUAAUCAAACUUUUUUGAAAAUGAACUUUGAUUCUAGCAUAUUCUUAGUUUUUCAUCCACAGUUCUGUUAACAAAUUACCAGAGCAGUGGUCUAGAUAACAAACUCAGGUUUGCAUGGGAAUAUCCUCUCCCAAACUAAACUGGAGCAUGAGGCCUAUUGGAAGGAAUCACAGCUCCAAGUUUUCUCUAGAGAGAACACAUGAGAGCUGGAUCCCAGAGCCAGAAUGGGCUUUUGUGGAGCAUGGAGAGGGACUGUGAAGCGUUUUGGAGGCACACUGAUCUUAUGAUGGAACUUAAAUUGUUGGAAGCAUAUUUAGUCUGUGUGCCCAUCCCAAGGAACUUGGGUGACAUUGGAGAUGUCAUAUUAUUAUCCUCUAGGUCAAGUUUCUACCUGAAGAUUUUUUUAAAUCAUCUAAUUUUCAAAAAGGGAGUGUAUGUGUAUGGAGGGGGAGGCUAGACUAGAUUAUUUUUAAGAUCCCUGACAUUCUAUUCAGUGCAACAGGUAUCAGGUUUUGAGCCUUACUGUACUCUAGUAGAAUAAUACAGCCAAAAUUUUAGCAGCCACUUUGUCCCUUCUAAAACAUUCCAAAGGCCAAAUUUUCCUGAGAACGUCUCCUUUAACAAAGAACCAUUAAAAUAGUACACUAUUUCCAGACAUUUAUUUUCCAAAUUGCAAAGCUUUGAUAUUCUUAUGUAAUCAUUAUUUUACUGCUUAAGAAUAUCUUGCAGGUUCAUAAAUUUCAAGGGAAAAAUGAUGAAAUGAGUGUUGGGCCAGGUUGGGGAAAUUGGGGAAAAAAUGAGUGUGAAGUCCACUUUUGCUCUCCCAUUGACCUUUUUCCCCUGUGCUAUGAAUUGGCAAACUUUGAUAAGAACUAUGAUAAUGAAGGAAAACCUUUCUAUUUAAUAGCACUGAAAAGUGUCUAAACAAUUGAAAGAAUUAAAUUCCUUUGGAAUUUAAAAAAUCGGCUCAGGUAAAGCAGGACUAUCACUGACAUGUACACUGAAAAGUUUAACUUUGUCACUCACCUGACUUUGGCCUUAGGACAACUGGAAAAUUAAGUUUUUCUUAUCUCUUUUCCUGAAAAACCUCAAAAAUAAUCUUUGUCUUGGAAGAAAAAUCUUUUCUGUGUACAGAAUAUUCUCUAGGGUUGAAAGCUGUUUUCCCUUUCCCAGUUUUGUCUGCUCACUAGAAAUCCCGUGUUUAAUUUGGAGAAAACUAUUGCUGUAUAACAGGAAGCACCUGUGAAGUUUUUUUUUUUUUUUAAUUUCAUAUUGCACACACUGUUCAGGUAAUGAAUACAUAUUUGAGAUUAAUGGUGAUAAGAGAAAUUCAGGUAUUAAAUCAAUUUUUCAAAUAAGUUGCUUAAAGCAAAGUAGACAAAAGUUUAGGUAGUUGACCUUCAAUUAUUCAGCCUUAUGUUCUUUUAUUGGGUAAGCUAAGGCUCCAAAAUGUUCUGAAUCUUCACUAGUAAAUUUUUUUUUUGGGGGGGGGGUAAGGGACAUGAAGGAGGGAAUUUAAAAACUAUGCUAGUUUGCCCACCUACAAAUAUUUUACUUGCAAUUGUUAAGUAGUCAAUUUAAGGAAGGUUAAAUAGGCAGGAUCUACUGAAAAUGGGCUUAUAUUAGAAACAAAGGAUCUUUCUGCCAGUAAUGUAAAAGGAUGAUCUUUUACACUUAAAUCUUAAAACCAGAUUCUGAUAAUGUGCCUUUAUUUUUUUUUAAUAUUUUGUGUCAUCAUUGUGUUUUCCUAAUUUAAAUUAGAUACUUCUUUUGAUAUAUCUUCGCUAGAGUGUAAGGGGGCAUCCAUUGAGGGCAUGGGCAUCUGCCCCAAACUAUGCUGCACUCCUGUAUGGGCACUGAAUUUCAACUUUAUUUUUGUUCCUAACAAAGUUUUAUUUUUUGCUUUUAAAAAUAUAUUGCAAGCAAAGGUUCAUUUCCAACAAUCUAAGAAUAAUUCCCAAAGAAUUAUUAAAGGUGCAUACAUUUCUGAUUUCACUAGAAUGGCUGCACUUUUUUUGUUCCAGGCCUGGUUUACUACAGUCUAUCAGUCAGAGAAAAAAUUCACCUGCACCUGUUUGUUUAGUGAAGGUGUGCAUGGUGCCACUGAAACAGUGAUCUUAUUUACCAUAUUAAUUUUGAAAGACUCAAACCAAUGGUUUAAAGGAAAUGAAAUGUAAAAAAAGUCAGUGCCCAUCACCUACCACACAAUUCUCAAACUCCUUUGCUUGGCAUUGAAGGUCCUCAAUGUGGCCCCAGUUCCGAUGGGCUUCAAUUCUCAGUCCCUCCAUUCCUUUUCAUCCAAUGCGUUCCUGCCCAUUAGUCCCCCCAUUCCCUUUAGAUGUAUAGGGCACUUUGUUUUGUUACUCAAUGACACACUUUUGCGUAAUAUUAUGUACAAUGAGUUAUGUGUUUGUGCCUUUUCCUGGUAUUUAUUAGACUGUAAGCUCUUAAGAGAGCAGGGGCUAAUUUUGUAUCUUUCCCCAGCAAAGUGCUUUGCACCCACUGGGCAUUUAAUGCAUUUUUGUGGAAUGAAUGAAUGAAUGAAUAAAAAUGAGAUGAGAUAAAAAUGGAGGAAAAA